UGUUUUACUACCAACACAGGACAGAGGGCGAUAUCACGCUGGUUGUAAAUAAUCUUAAACCCGGAACAAGGAGAAGAAGACGAAACAAAAACAAAAAUGGCUUUCUCUUGGUCAGUCCCCAGUAACGAGCUCUCCUGUUCGAUCUGCCAGGAUACGUUCAAAGACCCGGUUCUCCUUCCGUGUGGCCACAGUUUCUGUAAGGUCUGUGUGCAACAGUGGUGGAGAACCAAACAAGUGCGUGAAUGUCCCGUUUGUAAGACGGUGUCUUCGACCAAUAGACCACCUCGCAACCUCGUGUUGAAGAACCUGUGCGAGGCUUUCCUGCUGGAGGUGGAGUCCGGGGUCGUCUGCCGCCAGCACGCCGAGAAACUGAAGCUCUACUGCCUGGACCACCGGACCCCGGUUUGUGUUGUCUGUAGGGAUUCAAAUGAGCACAGGAACCACAGCUUUACGCCCGUAGACGAAGCUGCAAAUGGGAGCAGAGAAGACCUCUUGGAAAACCUGAAGCCCUUGCGAGAGAAAGUGAAACUCUUCAACGAAAUGAAAGUCAGCUGGGAGAAGACAGAUGAAGAGAUUAGGAAUCAAGCGCAGGACACAGAGGAGAAGAUACGGAAUGAGUUCGACGUGCUUAAGGUGUUUUUACAAACCGAGGAAAGGGCCAGGAUUGCAGCACUGAAGCAGGAAAACGAAAUCAAAAGAGCGAUGGUGAAGAACAAGAUUGCAGUGUUGAGCAGAGAGAUAAACGCCAUGGAAAGUACCAUUAAAUCCAUAGAAGGAGGGCUGAAAGAGGAUGACCCAACCUUCCUGUUCAAAGUCGGUGAUUUAAAGAAAGAAGCUCAGCGCCCCCUGAUGGAGGACCCAAAGCAGAUGACAGGGGCCCUCAUCGAUGUUGGCAAAUAUCUGGGAAAUAUUAGGUUCAGCGUCUGGUACAAAAUGAAGUAUCUAGUGUCCUUCACCCCCGUAAUCCUGAACCCCAACACUGCCCACCGAGAGCUGCAGCUGUCCGAAGGUUUGACCAAUGUGAAAUGUGGACCGAAGCAGCCUCUUAAUGUCCUGCUCCACACCCAGCCGGAGAGGAUGCACCAGCACCGCAGCGUCCUGGGCUGCGAGGGCUUCAGCUCGGGGAGGCACAGCUGGGAUGUGAAGGUUGGAGACAAUCAAGUGUGGGCGCUGGGGGUGAUGGCGCAGGAGGCCCAGAUGAAGGGGGAUUUACUGUCCGGGUUGUGGAUGUUGAGGUUCUCCCACGGUAAAUUCACAGCCUUUUCCCCCUCGUGUGCGGUGACUGUCCUCCCACUGAAGGACAGGCUCCAGAAGGUCAGAGUGCACCUGGACUGGGACAAAGGAAAGCUGACCUUCUUGAACCCAGACACUGCCGAGGUCGUACACACUUUCACGCACACAUUCACCGACAGGCUGUUUCCAUACAUCAACACCUGGAAGGAGCGUCCAGUGAAGAUCCUGCCACUGAAUAUCUCCGUAAUAGUAACGUAACUGCAGGAGAAUUGAGAAUUGCCUUCUAUCUGUUUAAAAAAAAAAGAGAGAGAGAGAAUAUUCCCCCUAUUUUUUGUUUUGUGAAGUUAGAUAACUUGCCAUCGUUGUAGCAAUAAAAGUAAUGGGACACAAUGGAGGUAAAGUAAAUUGGGGCUGUGAAUGCUGCAAACGCUAACCCUGAACACACCAGAAUGAAUGUAUGGUCCUACAUGGUCCAAGUAUUUGUAUGUUCAGGGAUGUGUGCAAUGUAAAAAGUACACUAAAAACAUACCUCAAAGGCAGUUUUAGUAAAGAAUGUCCUGUUAACUGUGUCAAUGCUGUCAAAGCCGGAGUUGUCUUAACAAUCUGUGAUCGUGUGUCACUGUCAAUUUGUAGUUAGACCGAAGCCAAAGCUGUUCUUGAACUUGAACGUAGUUGCCCACUGUGUCACUUUUUGUAUUUUUCUUUAUUUGUAUUUCUUUGUUAAGGUACCGUGUGGGCGGUUUUUCCUUUAUGGCCGCGUACUGUAACGUCGAACAGUGUUCUACAGAUAAAGUUCAGAUUGAAAGUAUCUUUCUUUAAUUGCAUUUCUCUGCUGCACUGGAGUGCCUUUAUUUUGUAUUACUUAUAUAAUUUAUAUGCAUACCUUUAAACUGAUCUAUUUAUGUAUCUCAAAAAUUAAAAAGAAAUGUUUAUAAAAAAGAAACACUGUCUUCUGAGAAGGAGUGAUACGUAUAUAUCAGAUUGUGUAAAUAGUUAUUUAACAGGUACAUUGUUAUUGUUCCUUUUACAAGUAAAUGCACAUUUAUUUUUUUCUGUUAUGUUUAUUAAUCGUUCUAACUAAUAAAUGUCUUACAUGACUAAUUACUUUCAUUCAACUAAAAUAUCUGUUGACUGUUAAUAUGUUAAAUCAUGGCUUUCACAUGAUCAAUUAUAAUUUUUUUCUGCGUAGGAUGCUCAAACAUUAAAGGAAGAACAUUUAUAAUUCAAUAAACAUGUUCUGCUCAA